AGAGUAUGACACGAAAGAUACGAAGUACGUGACAUGCCUAAAGCAACAAAAGGACAGUAACCUAGUAACCAGAUAGUAACCAGAUAGUAACCAGCUAGUAACCAGCUAGUAACCUAGUAACCAGCAGUACGUGACAUGCCCAAAGUAGCAAAAGGGGGAUGGUAUGGAGUAGCAAUAGGUAGACAGACGGGUGUUUACACUACUUGGGACGAGUGUAGUGAACAAGUGAAGGGAUUCAGCAAGUCUAAGUACAAGAAAUUCUCUACCAAGAGUCAAGCGGAGGAAUACGUCCGAACUAAUCGCAGUAACCAUGGCAGCAGUAACCAAGCCCAAGGCAGCUGUAACCAUGGCAGCAGUACCCCUGGUGAAGUUAAUAAGGGUACAGGAACUGUGAAACCCAUCAGGGGUGCCAAUGUCUCAACUACACCCAACCGGUCUCAACACAACAGUACACUUGUAAAGUCAGUAUUUUACGGAGUAGCAAGAGGACACUCUCCAGGAGUGUACCGCACGUGGGCGGACUGCCACAAUCAAGUGAGAGGGUUCCAGCAGCCUCUCUACAGAAAGUGCACCUCAGAGGCUGCAGCCAUGACCUUCUGUACAGACCACUCAGAACCUCCAGAUCAGAAACUGUCUGGGGAGACGGAGAGAUCGUUUGAUUCAAGCCUUUCUGACUUAGGAACUGAUGGUGGAGAUUUCAGUCCUACAAAACCUGCUGAAGUGGAUGAAUCUUUUUCAGAUUUUGAAGAGAUAGAGGAGGAGAGUAAUAACGAGGUUUUGAGAGAGAUAGCAGCUCUUAUCACUCAGUCACGUGACAGUGGGACCCAGUCACAUGACCUCAACACCUCUUCUCGCCCUGUGGUCUACACUGACGGUUCCUGUCUAAAUCAAGGAAAAGGUGCGGGUCAGCGUCGUGCUGGUAUAGGGGUAUACUGGGGACCAGGAGACCCCAGAAACUGCUCUGAGAAGCUGUGGGGACUUCCAACAAACCAGAGAGCUGAGCUGUGGGCUGCUGUCAGGGCUCUACAAACAGGCUUGUCGGUGGGUUACAGGAAGUUGGAAGUAAGGACAGAUUCCCAGUACACUAUAAAAGGGAUUACAGAGUGGAUUAAGCGGUGGAAGAAGAAUGAUUAUCAUGAUGCGAAGGGACAGCCUGUAAAGAACAAGGAACUCUUCAGUUGCUUGGACAGCCUCACCAACAUGGUGGACGUAAGAUGGGUCCACGUUAAAGCGCAUUGCGGCGAGCCUGGCAACGAGGCGGCUGAUAGACUAGCUCGAGACGGCGCUAAACUGUAAUCUCACUGGCGGCGCUAAACUGUAAUCUCGCUGGCCCGGGACGACGCUAAACUGUAAUCUCGCUGGCCCGGGACGACGCUAAACUGUAACUCACUGGCGGCGCUAAACUGUAAUAUAAGCAAGAAACGGUGCUGAAUUAUUAUUAGAGAGAUUGUUUGUAUUGCUGCGAGAGAAAUUGUAGGCCGGUGGCCCAGAAGUAACUGCCCACACGCAACCCUUUAAUAACUCAUGUAAUUCUUCUUAGAAUUGCACAGAAAUUUCAGAGAUUAUAGAUAUUAUGUAUUAAUAUUUAUCUCGAUCAUGGAGGAGUUACAAGACAAUCAGUAACGAUCAAGAUUACUGGUUCGAACGACUUGUCACAUGACUUGGAUGGCCUAUCGUUAAGUUAUUCCAAUAUGAUACCGCAGUCUGGGGAACACCUUGCUAAGUAAGGUGUCUAAGAGAUGAGAGAAAUCACAAUGCUGGCAAGCAUUACCGUUGCCGUUAUAUUCACAAUACUAUUUACUCCCUAUACUAU